GUUACAAUUUUUAAGUGUUUUCUACAUCAAUUUACCAAACAAAAUCGGCUUUACAGUGCUAUGUGAAAUAUGGAGUAGGUACAGUUAGUACUCCCCCAGCCAGUGUAAUUCAAGUGAAAUUGCGGCGCUAUAUUGAUCCACAUUUGUUUUUAAAGCCGGGUUUAAUGCUAAACUAAACCAGGUUUAAUGAGUGCGGUUGCAUCUAUGAUGCAAUAAAGUGCAGCAACGAUAUAAAUUGUUGCAGUUUUAGUGCAUUAGAACUUUGUAUGGACUUGAAUCUAUGUGAAUGAUCUUUCGAAAAGUGAAAAAAUCAAAAACUACUAAAAAAAAUGAACUGUUUUACUUCAAAGUCAUCAGUUGUGUAUUGCGAUAUCCUAUCAACAAACUCUGAUUGAAUGUUUUUUGUCGACGAGAAUUUUCUUUCUAUGUUCUCGGAUACAGCAGUUGACCAAUUCCAUUUGCCAGUUACCUUGUAUGACAUUUGACGGUGACGAUAAGAAAAACCUUUACUACAAAUUGUACAUCCUAUGUUUGAAUCACACAUCCUAUGAUUUAAUUGGGAUCACACUAUUUAAUAGUUGAGUGUGACCUGUAAUCUAUAUUCCACACAAAAUUGGCAUAACGAUUGUCAAACUCCAAACCAGUCACCAAAUGGAAUGACAGUUGAUUGGAACGUACGAGGCACAAACCAGAAGUAGUGAGACUAAUUUGAGUGACUUUCAAUCAAUUAUACAAAUUUGGAAUUUACGAGGCACUCAUUCCAGAAGUAGUGAGACUGAGUUUUGAGUUACUUUCAAUCAAUUAUACAAAUUUGGAACGUACGAGGCACAUCCCAGAAGUAGUGAGACUAAGUUUCGAGUGACUUUCAAUCAAUUAUACAAAUUUGGAACGUACGAGGCACAUCCCAGAAGUAGUGAGACUAAGUUUCGAGUGACUUUCAAUCAAUUCUACAAAUUUUUACCAAACUCCAAAAAGUAGACCUAUAUACAAAUAAAUGACGAUUAAGUGAAACGUACGAGACACAUCCCAAAAGUAGCAAUAAAAAUAGAUGACAAUUAAGUGAAACGUACGAGACACAUCCCAUAAGUAGCAAUAAAAAUAGAUGACGAUUAAGUGAAACGUACGAGACUCAUCCCAUAAGUAGCAACACAAAUAAAUGACUAUUAAGUGAAACGUACAAGGCACAUCCCAUAAGUAGCGAGACUUGUGUUGAGCGUGCGCUGUGAUUGGUUGACGUGGUGGAUCGUAGUGUGAAAAUCAGCGGCUGUGAUUGGAGCAGCGAAGAUGAGUAUGACGUCACCUGGGCUACGGAGCCCGGGGAACAGGAGCACAUUCUGUUGGAAGUCCUAUGCAGUAACCGCGUAAGCCAAAUGACAAAGACCUACAAUGAUAUAGAGGCAGUUACAAGGCUUCUUGAAGAAAAAGAGAAGGACAUCGAAUUAACCGCUCGCAUUGGCAAAGAGCUGCUAGCGCACAACCAAAAGUUGGAGAGCAAUGUGGCCUCACUGGAGACAGAGCUGCGCACUGCCAACGAGAAAAUCACCCAGUUGGCGCAUGAGCUCACCAAGAAGACAGAGCUCAUCCAGAUACUCACCAACGAUGUCGAGGAGUUUGGAUCCGAGGCCAGUACGCCAGUGGGCAGUGGCCAGAUCAACUUUGAGAUGCUGCAACACCGCAUCAGUCGCCUGGAGGAGGAGAACGUCUCACUCAGAAAGGAGGCAUGUCAACUGGCGGCCGCCACAGAUGAGUGUGAGGAGCAGGAGAAAAGGUUGAUGAGUGACCUAAGCGCCCAACUGUCGCUAGUGAGAGGUGACCUGAGUAGCGUGGCGUCUGACGCGGACAAAUGGAGAGACCAGAGCCUGCAGUACAAGACGUUGGCUGACAGCCUUCAGGAGCGACUUACUGUAGCCGAACAGAAGUUGACUGGGGUGACGAAAGAAAACGAAGAACUUUCCUGUAUGGUGACCAUCUCACGUGAAACCCAGUCGGAGCUAGCCAGCGAGUUGGCCGAUGUGAAGGACCGCUACCAGGAGGUGCUCAGUCUGCUGCAGGAGGCGCAAGAGGGCCUGAAACGACAACGGAAACGGGGCACGCCCCAGGCGAGGGGAGGCCCCCUGUUUCCAUCGCUGCACUCGCACGUGGCGGCCCCUAUCACGUGUCAGGCCAGCACCAUGUUGCAGCAUGACUCGCUCGCGUCUGAAUUGGAGUGUUCGUUGUUCUCCGAGUUGAGCCUCGAUUCUGGGAUAGGGGCUAGUGGAUCCGUGCCGAGCUACCGCAAAGUCUUCGAAACCGUUCGCUGUGCCUCGGGCGGCAGCAGUUUGGGAGGCAGCACGGCGGGCAGCUCCCCCAUUCCGCCACUGGCGCGAAUUGGGGGCGGUGCCAGCACCAUGAUGACGUCAUCUCAGCAGGCGCGCAUGUCAAGUGGGGUAAUGAUGACGUCAUCCAACCAGCAGCUACCAGCGCAUCUUGUACGCACGCGUAGAUUGGAUUCGGUUGGGGGAAGUGAUUCGGAGGGCAGUGAAGAUUUCACUUAUAUGACCGGUUCGCGGGCCACACGAGGCGGCACGCCAGCCUGCACCGAUUUGGAGGCGGCUCUGCGCCGGUUGACGCCCUCGGCCAUUCAGGCGCGACGGGCCGCCCUGGGCUCAGAUCUGGUGGCGGGUGACAGUGGUGACAUUAGAACACCGGACUCCAUCAUGUCCACAGGCAGCAUCAGUCAGAUGUCAUGGAAGAUGCCUGACAAGUUAAAGAUCGUGAAACCGCUGGAAGGCUCACUCACACUGCAUCACUGGAGCCAACUGGCCACGCCCAGUUUGGGGGGUCUGCUCGACGACAACCCGGGGGUGCGCGUGCAGGGGGGCACCGGCCUCGAAGCACUCGGCCUGCAGACGUACUCGCUCGACGAUGUGGAGGAGGAUGAGGAAGUGGUGCACCCGGGCAAGAGCUUUCAGGGCAGUCAUCACAUCACAACGUGGACCAACUCGACUGUCAUGCAUCCGGAUGAUUGCACCAGUGUUACACCCAGUAUUGUCGGCAGCCAAAUGUGCUCAGCGAUGUCUAGCCGCGUCUCGAGCCGCGUGUCUAGUGCCGUCGCGACGCCCAUCAGCAGUCGCUCGCGUCGCAACUCGACGUCGACGUUCUCCACCGCCCUCGGCCUCGCCAAGAUGCUCAACGAGCGAGGCAUCAAGGCGGCCACGCCCUCCACCCUCGGGUCACCUGUCUAUUCGCCCACCGCCACACCGGCUAACAGCCCAGACCAUUCACCACCUUCCAGCCCGGACCGUUCGCGGUCUCCCUCGCCCGGGGGCGGGGUCACCGCCCCAGGCGGCGGCUACUCGUCCCCCCUCGGCCUGCCCGGCUUCCUCAUGAGUAGCGGCGCAGAACUGUUGCGCAGAACUCUGGUUGGCACGCACAAUUCUCGGCAGCAGGAGAGGCAUCAUCAGCGUCGUAGCCGAGAGAGGACUAGAGCGCUUGUUUGUCAGAAUAAGAAGACGAACAUCGGCCUAGUCGAAACCCUAGAACGGAUCGGCCUUGAAACCAUCAUGUCUCCGGCCUCCUCUGCCUCCUCCUCCACCUCCUCAACCCCCGCUCAGCUACAGGGUGUGCUCACCGAACGCAGCCAACCCUCCCGGGUUCCCCCCCUAGUCGAUGACGUCAUCACAACGGGAAUGGGGGUUCCCGGUCGACCGGGUACCAGCGUGCUACAGGCCCGGCUGAGGGGUGCUAGCCCCCUUAACAGCGGCGGUCAAACGCCCCUCAACGGCCGUAAACUGCGAACGCGGCCCGAUUUGGGCACGGUCAGGGGGGGUCCAACCCGGCCCGAUUUGGGCAAAGUUAGGGGGGCACCCGGACCCUCCCAGCAGCAGGAUCGUCAACCUCAGCAGACGUCGCUGGGUACGCUUAGUUCUAUGCUGUUCGGCCGUAAAGGAGGUCUACUCUAAUAGCAAUAGUCAGGUAGUGUUGUUGAGUAAUGAGUUAUUGAUUGAGUAAUUAUCAUCCAUAAAAGGUAAUUAAUUGUGAACGACUAAUAAGAUUCAAGUAAGUUGGCAGUAUAUGAAGAAUAUAUUAUGUAUGCUCAGUU